AGUAAUACGGAGAAAGUAGAUAAGACCAGAUCGGAGGGCAUGAUUGUGUUUUAGCCACACAAAUUCUCGGCAGCUAGCAAGAACACUUCAUACAUGUGUUUCAGGGCAUGAACAUUGAACUCCCUCUAUAUAUGGGGACCUUAUUUCCUUAGCAAGCACAUUAGACAUAGAAUAAUAAGAGAAAAUUAAUUAAGAUGAGCAAGGAUAGCAUUCACGUUGUAAUGGUUCCAUGGUUAGCAUUUGGUCAUUUGAGUCCAUUUUUACAACUGUCCAUAGCCUUAGCCAAAGAAGGAGUUCAUGUCUCUUUCAUUUCCACUCCCAGGAACAUUAAGAGACUCCCAAAAGUUCCUGCUAACCUAGCACCACUAGUAAAUCUAGUGGAAUUUCCACUGCCAUCACUCAAUAACAACCUCUUGCCCGCUGAUGCUGAGGCAACUUUCGAUCUUCCUACUGACAAAGUUCAGUACUUAACAGUAGCUUAUGAUCUCCUUCAGGAGCCCAUCAGACACUUCAUUACACGUGAAAGACCCGAUUGGAUCAUUGUUGAUUUUAGCCCCUAUUGGAUGGCUGAAAUCGCUAGAGAUCUGGAUAUCCCCAUGAUUCAAUUUAGUAUGUUCACUGCUGCCGCCUUACAAUUUUUCGGGCAGCUUGAUUCUGGUAAUGACGAGAUUCAGAAAGAAUCAAAGCCAUUGCACGAACUUCUCCUAUCACCACCAAAAUGUGGGGAUUUCCAAUCAACGGUUGCUUACCGGAAGUACGAAGUGGCAGAACUAUUUGCUACAAUUGCUGCAGAGAAUGCUUCGGGCAAAUCAUCUUUAGAACGUGAAGGCAUAGUGGGAAAUGCUAGUAGAGCUAUGGUUCUCCGUACAUGUACUGAAUUUGAAAGUGAAUACUUAGUACAACCUAGAAACUAUACAAAGCCACUAAUUCCUGUGGGAUUGCUACUACCGGAUGAAUUACCAAUGGAGGAAAGAAAUCUUGCUCAGGAACCAUGGCAGAAGAUCUCCAAAUGGCUAAACGAACAAAAACCAAGAUCGGUGGUGUUCGUGGGAUUCGGAAGUGAAUGCAGAUUUAGCAAGACUCAAGUAUAUGAAAUAGCAAACGGGAUACAACUCUCAGGGCUACCAUUUAUGUGGAUUUUACAGAAGCCUCGUUGGGCUCUGAACGACAUUGAUGCAUUGCCAUCAGGCUUUGGUGCAGCAACCGACGGGAGAGGGUUGGUGCACAUUGGUUGGGCACCACAAAAGGAAAUUCUUGCUCAUCCGGCUAUUGGUGGAUCCCUGUUUCAUGCAGGAUGGGGUUCAGCCAUUGAAACUUUACAAUAUGGUCAUGUUCUCGUUGUGUUGCCUUUUGUUUUUGACCAGGGAUUGAAUGCAAGAAUGCUAGUAGAAAAAGGUGUCGCGGUUGAAGUGAAGAGAAACGAAGAAGAUGGAUCUUUUAGUGGAAAUGACGUAGCAUUGUCAUUAAGAGAAGCCAUGGUUUUGGAGGAGGGGGAAGAACUUAGAGCUCGAGCAAGAAAAGCUGUUGCUAUUUUUGGAGAUCGAAAACUUCAAGACUCCUAUGUUAAGAACUUUGUCGAGUACUUGAAAAAUUACCGUGGGACGACGAGUGUUUAAACAACCAUCAGAAAAUUAGAAUUACUACCGUCUGUGCUCAACACAUGUCAAUGUAAUAGUAGUAAUCCCUCCGUCCCAAAUUAUGUAUAAUUAUUUCCUUUUUAAUUCGUCCCAAAAUAAGUAUCACCUUUUCUUAUUUAACAAUUUUUUAAAGGCA